CUGUGUCUGCAGCCCAAACGAGGCCUUCUGCUGCUCCUUUUCUCUCCUCUCUUGAAACUCUGAACAGGCCUAAACAGUUCGCUCCCCGGUCCUGACUUGUUGCCAAUUUAAGAAACCAGAAACUCCUGACAUGACCUCGGGGCACCAGCUGGUUUCUGGCUCAGGAAGGCCCGCCUUGUGUUUCGUGCCAAGCAUUCGUUCCCUGUAUGCAGUUAAAGGAGAAGAAGACGGUGGAGGAGGAGGAAGAGGCGACGGCACUCCAGACGGCCAGGAAGGAGCCAUGGCCGCCGUCUUCCUGCCGGGCAACCUUCAGGAUGAAGCCACUUGCUCCGUCUGCCUGGAGUACUUCAAGGACCCCGUCUCCAUCGAGUGCGGCCACAACUUCUGCCGCUCCUGCAUCGCCAAGAGCUGGAAGAGCCUGGAGAGCGAUUUCCCCUGCCCUCAGUGCAGGGAGGUUUUCAAGGAGAAGAGCUUCAGGCCCAACAGGCAGUUGGCCAACAUGUCCGAGAUCAUCAGCCAGUUCAUCAUGCAUGGCGGCAAGGGACUGGAUGAGGACGGGCUCUGCGAGAAGCACAAGGAGGCCCUGAAGCUCUACUGCAAGGACGACCAGAAGACCAUCUGCGUGGUGUGCGACCGGUCUCGGGACCACAGGCCUCACACCGUGGUGCCCAUAGAGGAGGCUGCCCAGGAAUACAAGGAACAAAUUCAGACCCGUUUGGAUUUCUUGAAAAAAGAGAGACAAGAGCUUCUGGAAUUCAAAACACAGGACGACAAGAAAAGCCAAGACCUUUUGAAAACUAUAGAGACUGAGAGACAGAAGGUCCUCUCUGAAUUUGAAGGGAUGCGCCAGUUUCUGCAUGAACAAGAGCAGCUUCUUCUGGGUCAGCUGGACAAGAUGGAGAAGGGCAUCAACAAGAGGCAGAACGAGAACAUCACCGAGCUCUCCAAGGAGAUUUCUCUCCUCAACAAACUCAUUGCUGACCUGGAAGAGAAAAUCCAAGAGCCAGUGCUCGAUUUCCUCAAGGAUGUGACAAGUGCCCUAAUCAGAAGUGAUGACCUUAAAUGUCAGAGGCCGGUCCCCGUUUCUUCUGACAUGAAGGGCCACACCUGCAAUUUCUCUCUGAAGACCGUGGUCCUCAAGGGAGUGCUAAAGAAAUUCAAAGAUCACCUGCGGGAUGAAUUGGGGAAAGGUGAGAAAGAGGAGCUGCUCCUGGACCCAGAGACGGCCAACCACCUCCUCAUCCUCUCCGCGGACCUCAAGGGCGUGAGGAUGGGCUGCAGAAAGCAAGACCUACCUGACAACCCCAAGCGCUUCGACACCAACUCCCGCGUCCUGUCCACCGAGGGUUUCAAGUCGGGGAGGCAUUACUGGGAGGUGGAGGUGGGGUCCGCCGACGGCUGGGCCUUUGGGGUGGCCAAGGAGUCGGUGCGCAGGAAAGGCCUGACCCAGUUUAGCCCCGAAGAGGGCAUCUGGGCAUUGCAGCAAACGGGCGGGCGGUACUGGGCAGUCACGGUCCCCAAGCGGACCCCGAUUUUCAUCCCCGAGAGGCUCCACAAAGUGAGGGUUUACUUGGACUACGAAGGGGAAGAGGUGUCCUUCUACAACGCUGACAACAUGCAGCACAUUUUCACCUUCAACGUCGCCUUUACGGAGAGGGUGUUUCCUCUCUUCUCCGUUUGCUCCACUGUCACCUACAUUAAACUUUGCUCCUGAGGGCAGAAGGGUGCUUCGUUCCAAGGGAGGGGGGGCAGCU